GGAUGAGAUAAAGCACAUGUGAAGGCCAGAGGGGUCCGAUAACGCAGCCGACCCGCAGUGGUGGGAGGCUUGGCGAAUGACGCUCAUCUGAACUUUCUAUGCCCCACGCGCGAGCUGCCCAAAAACAUUGAGUCCAUUCCGGCUGCAAGCCACUGCGACAAUUUAGCGAGUGCGGAAACCCUCUCCCUGUGCAAAUUCAUUCCCGCUCUCAUUACACCCUCGAAUCGACCGCCGCAAUCGCCUUCCGCACGACGCUCUCCGCCCUCGCGGCCCCUCCAUCAUGUCUUCGCCCACCACCUCACCAACCCACAAACUCACCCCCCUCGCAACCCUCACACCACCAUCCAACUCGCGAACCUGGCAAUCCGCGCCCCACCCCUCCCUCCCCAUUGUCGCAACCGCGUGUUCCGACCGCAGUGUCCGCGUCUACAGCCUAACCUCCUUCACGCUCCUGCAUUCUAUAACCGGAGGCCACAAGCGCAGCGUACGGACCGUGUCAUGGAAACCCAACACACGGGGCCAGAGUGUUCUUGCGACUGGAAGCUUUGAUUCUAGCGCGGGGAUAUGGAGGAGGGAGGAGGGUGCUGGGGGAGGGGGGGUUGAGGAGGACUUUACGGGUAGGAGGGUUGGUGCUGUGGAGGACGAUGAUGACGAACAAGACGACACAGACGACUACCAAUUCUCCUGCAUCCUCGACGGCCACGAAUCCGAGAUAAAAUGCCUAGCCUGGAGUCCCUCAGGCCAGUACCUAGCGACCUGCUCCCGCGACAAGAGCGUGUGGAUAUGGGAGGAACUCGAGGACGAUAACUUUGAAACCGUGGCCGUGUUGCAGGAACACGAUGGCGAUGUUAAGAGCGUGGCGUGGCACCCCGAGGAAGAUUUGUUGGUCAGCACGAGUUAUGAUGAUACGGUUCGGUUGUACAAGGAAGAUGCGGAUGAUUGGGUUCAGGUGGCUAUGAUUGACGGGCAUGGGAAGACGGUUUGGUGGGCGGAGUUUGAGGGGAGUGGGAUGAGUAAGAGGGAUUGGCGGGCACGGAUAUCGGACGCUUCACAACAGCAGACACAACACAUUGAAGAGCUGGAACGAUCGGGACCUAGACUAGCGACUUGUUCAGACGACUGCACGGUGCGGACAUGGCGCCGAAAGGCAAAAGAGAGAGACGAGAAUGAGAGUAGCAGGACGGGUGUGCCUAGUAUCAUUCGCUCGGCGGCUAUCGACGAGGAGUGGUAUAAAGACGCGAUCCUACCGCAGGUUCACGAACGCGCGAUAUACUCGGUUUCUUGGAGUCGGAAGACGGGCAUGAUAGUCAGCGCCGGCAGCGAUGGUAAAGUCAUCGUUUAUAAGGAGAGGUGGAGAGGACAGGCUUCUGGGGAUGAGAUGGACGUUGAUGGCGCACAAGCGCAGAGUACAACUGAGUGGGUGGUUGUUGCGGAACUCUUCUCAGGGCACGAUGUUUUUGAGAUUAAUCAUGUUUGCUGGGCGAAGAGGGCUGAUAAGGGGAAGAGGACGGAGGAUGAGGAGGUAGUAUUGACUACGGGGGAUGAUGGGGAGGUGAGGGUUUGGGUGUUGGAUGAGGUGGAUGCGUCGAGCGCUUGAGUGCACUAUGGCAAACACCGUACGAUACACAUGCUGGCUUCCCAUAUGCUGAGUCUGGAGCAGUCGUUUAGAUUAUAGCACUAUGGGCUUCAAUGCUCAGACUUUGAACACCAAUAUCCUUACCCAAAGUACAAUCCGAAGUGAUUGCAAUUGGAUCACCACGGGACGAGCACGAACAAAAGAAGACAUACAGUCCCUUUGUCAUGACACGUUCUCAAAUUUAGAAGACCAGGGUCCAGAAGUUGGCAGGUCCCCCUGUCACAUGCGAAUGAUGCGAAUGCGAGGAAUCAGGAUGGGAAAUGCCACACGUGGGCCGUGUUGAAGCCGUGAGCCAGUCCGCUCGCGUUGAGAGCGUGUGGCGCAGGGAGCGUUGGGCGGACUGGCGUCAUGCCAAGGUGCCGAUCAGAUCAGGAUUCAAGGAAGCGCGAGAAUUUACGGACGGCAGCUAGACGCAAUCUACGCGUGUCCAAC